AUUACACUGUAAAGAUAGCAGACACAGUCGUGCAGAUGGAACAUCACAAAUUAAUUAAUGAUGUUCAUGUUGGUGUUUUCCAUCUGGGGGCAGACACUCUUUAUUUCUGGCCUUUCACUCGUGUACUCUGAUCAAGAUUUCUGCAGAUAAUAGACUCACUCCUCCUCCUCUGGAAAAAGAAAGGCCUUGAGCAACAGGUCAUCCUCCAAACUGUUGAAGGAAAGAGACAAGGAUUUGCUUAGGAAAGUUUCAGGUUUAAAGCUCGUCCAGAUGCAAAAGUGCAACAGAAGAAACAAGACGUGCAACUGAGAUCAAAGCGACAACAGAGCUCUGUACAGCAUCUUGAGGUGAGCCUUAGUCCCCUCUUGUGGCCGGCGUCUGAGCUGCACUCAUCAGAGGAUGCUGCUGGUAGUCAUGGCAGUAGUGCUGGCGGUGGCAGGGGCGAGGCAGGGCUGCAGCUCCGGCUGUCAUCUAACCAACAUCGCCCUCCAGGUGGAGAGCUGCGGACGCAUUGAAUCCGUCUACACCACCCUGUGUGUAGGACAGUGCUACAACAGGGACCCGGUCUACGUGGGCGAUGAUGACUGGCCUGAACAGAAGGUCUGUAAUGGAAACUGGACCUAUGAGGUGAAACAGAUUCCAGGAUGUCCAGUGAGCAUUACUUACCCUGUGGCCACACACUGCGAGUGUACUUCAUGCAACGAACGAGACACACACUGCGGGAGCUGGUUUGGAGACACACCCAGCUGUCUGUCUUUUUAAUGAAACCUUGUCCAUCAUACCUUUACCGAUGUUUGUGUAGCUUAACUAGCUCCUAAAAUAAACAUGCAUCACCUACA